AUGCAAAAUGCUGUUUGGAAAGGUCUGGAGACUGAGCAGGUAACGUCUGUUGUCUCCUUGGUUUAUAGGAGUGAGUCACUACUGCUUCGAUGUGUGAAGCCUGCCUAUGUCAAGGAACUGACUAUAUCUCAGACAACAGGAAUGAGCACAAUGCUAAGAACUUUCCAGAGAGAUAUAACAUUGGAUCGUGAGACAGCUCAUCCUUGUCUGGCCAUAUCUGAGGAUUUAAGAAGUGUCAAGAUUGGAAAGAUCUCAACUCUAUAUAACAACCCAGGGACUUUGGACUACAGUGUCACUGUUUUGGCUGUGGAGAGUUUCAACUCAGGGAGACACUAUUGGGAGAUAGAUGUGGGAAAAGCAACAAAUUGGCAAUUGGGCAUUUACAGGGAUUGCACAAACAAACAGGGUGCUGGGCCCAGAGGCUGUGGAGAUAAAGUCUUACUCUCAAGAUCCAUCAUGGGAAUCGAUUGUACAUACUGGGUCUUCCCCCCGUUGAAAAGGAUUUCCUUGAGAGGGGAAUUACGCAAAGUUGGCAUUUUCCUAGAUUAUGAAUAUGGCCAGCUGUCAUUCUAUAAUGUGACAGAAAAAUGCCUUGUUUAUAAUUUAUCGUAUCUCGCCUUCCAGGGAGCUGUCAGGCCUAUUUUUUGUUUUUGUAUUCCAAAUGAAGACAUAGAUUCAGAUUCAAACUCUCUCACCAUUUGUCCUCCUCAGAAUCUUCCUAAUGGCACAAGUAUUAACACCCAGACUUAUCAUGUGAAAUCCAAAGUCAGAAUGUUAAAACCAUGA